ACCCCUCCACCGCCACCUCUACCUUACUGUGCUACGCCUCCACCACCCCCUCCACUUGUCUGCCCCACCCCAUCACCGCCACCACCGCCGCCAUUUAGAAGCCCAAGGAUCAAAAUUGCAUACAAUGCUAUUAAGAACUUGAGACCCAGAAUCGAGGAUGACCCAAAUAAGAUCACGAAGACAUGGGAAGGGAGAGACGUUUGCAGCUACAAAGGAUUCAUCUGUGAUAAAGUUCCCGAUUUCAAUACCGACGCGGUGGCCGGAGUGAGCUUCAAUAACUUCGGCUUUGGUGGUUCUAAUCUCACUCUCAAUGGCUUCAUUGAUCAAUUGCCCGACAUCACUUUCUUCCAUGCUAAUUCUAAUAACUUCACUGGUAGAGUCCCUGAUCUCAGCUACAACCUUAGAUUCUUCUACGAGCUCGAUCUCAGCAACAAUAAAUUCGUCGGCGGGUUUCCCGACCAAGUCCUCGGUGCUACCAAUCUCACGUUCUUCGACAUCCGGUUCAACGAAUUUUACGGUCCCGUGCCCGCGAAGCUAUUUGAUAUGGAUAUUAUCACCGCUAUCUUUCUCAACAAUAAUAAGUUUAAUGGCGACAUUCCGGCUAACCUCGGCAACACCCCUGCUAAGUACCUAACCUUCACGAACAACGAGUUCACGGGCGCAAUCCCAAAAAGCCUCGGGAUCGGAAAAACAAGCAACACCCUAAUCGAAGUCCUAUUCUCGAACAACAAGCUCACCGGCUGCAUACCAAUGGAGAUCGGACAUUUACGAAACACCAUGCUAUUCGACGCAAGCAAGAACUCCCUCACCGGCCCAAUCCCUUACUCCUUCGGCUGCUUAGCCAAAAUGGAGCUUCUCAACUUCGCCGACAACCACUUGUACGGCGCCGUUCCAGAGGUCAUCUGCAAAUUACCAAAGCUCCAAAGCCUCACCCUCCGCAACAACUUCUUCACCCAACUCGGCCCCGUCUGCCGGAGCUUGAUCUGGAAGAAGGCUCUAGACGUUUCUGGAAACUGCAUUAUGGGUCUGCCGGAGCAGAGAUCGGAGGAGGAAUGCACCCAUUUCUUCACCAAUGUUCAGAGCUGUCACGAUGAGAAGUCGAUGAAGUACAUCCCUUGUAUGGGGAAUUGGUACUUGAAUGAAGAUCCGGCAGCCGUACUCCGUCGGCCGGCGAGAAAGACGACGGAGAUGAGAACGUAUGCGGCUCUUGUUCCCCAUUAAAUUUGCAUUUAUUUUUAUUUUAUGUGUACUCUAUUAGUGUGUAUGGUACCCAAUAAUUGGUCUUAUUACCCAUUAUUAUGUGUCGUGUAGGGUUAGAUGUUUGA